AUGUUGAGAGGUUUUUCAUCAAACUUUUUCUUCCCGUUUUCUCAAUCCCUCAUCUUCAACGCUGAAGUCCCAGCAGCCCAGCUUCCAACGGAGAAAAGAGAAAUUACUGAGGAAUAUCUGGAAGAGUGGAUCAAUGCCGGCCAAAAAGCACUUGACGAAGAUGGUGGAGCGCAGGAUGAAAUCGAAGAAUUGGUAACGUACACAUCCAUGUCUUUGUCACCUUUUGCGUUUAUUAAACGAACGAGAACCGGUCCGUGUGCUAUGUCAGUAUCAGCAAACCAUGGUCAUCGCGGCCUGGAAUGCGCUGGCAGUUCCCUGGCAUCUAAUUUCCUGCCGGUGGAUGUGCGUACGCUCCCACUGGGUAUGCAGGUGGUGAGCAUGGCUGCCCAGUCAUCUUCAUGUUCCUGACCCCUGUUGCUGUGUUUUUGUUGUUGGUCAAACACCUGGUCAUUUGCUGUGUGGACCAGGGGGUGUGUAGUGGAGCGCCAAGGUGCAGGUUCGACCCCGCUAUCCACUUGCGUCCCCCCUGAUCUUCUUAACUCUGUCCUGACACCGGGUCCCAGUUCGCGAUGGGAAGAGAGAGAGUGUGGUAGAUGCUGCGCAAGUCUAUCAUCACUUUAAACUAAUUCACGCGCAAUUCGUCGUGCCUGCUCCGCCUUUCAGAUGAGCACACGGGGGACACUGUCGGCAACGACGGUCGAACUGUCGUUUGUUGGACGAGUAGAAGGUUUUCUAGACACCUAAGCACCACCCUGCCAUUGAAAUACCCCAAGCGAGGAGAGUAUAGAUAAGACAACCGAGGAGUUAGUUGACGCACUGCGCUUCGCAUCUGCCCUAGGCGACAAAGGGAAUUUGCACACCAUUUUUGGUUAGAUGAGAGACCUGCCAAGUUCUAAUUCAAGCCGGUCUAUGCUGGUGUAAAUAGUCAGCUGUGGUUCCAUAAGUGGUCGAGCGCCGCCAGAAAGGGAGGAAAUAGCACUCUACGAGACCCGCCUCAUUAGCCAAGCACAUCAUGCAUCGUGAAACUGGCCGGAGAUGGGUAUUACCGCCAUGUUGUAGAUCGCAGUCCCAGGGUUACCAAAUGAAAUUCCCUGAUGCAUACGGAGUCGUGAGUAGGAUGAUAAAAAAGAAGGUACAAAGGAGGCCGAAUCUAAAUGCAAUUGCAUUCGCUCUUAUCUGGCCUGUUCACCGUUCCCUUACCUUGUGCGACGCAGAAUAGUAAAAAAGGUGGCUCCUCCGUCCCUACAGACUGGGCAUACGGAUUUUUGCGAUUUGAAAAAAAUCGAAGAGGACACGAAACGAAACACCCCGAGUAGCACGGGUGGCCUUGUGGUGAAUUAUAGGGCCGGGGGGGGGGGAGACUGGAGGUAAGUUUCGGCUUGGGGCUAGGGUUAGGAUAUGGAAUAGGUACCCCGCAAAUCAGGCUCAAGGACACCUGCAGUUGGGGGAGGGUUAAAUAUUCGCAUUUCCAACUCUGGAACACAUCAGUCUAUGAGAGGUCAGCGCAUCGCGGGACUUUCAUCCCCGUUCUGGGAAGCAUUCUGCUCAAAUUUCUCACUGUGCUGACGCGAAAUCGAAAAGACUGGAUCAUCUGGACCUGCAGAAUCGGCAUACUUUGCAAACUGAAUUGCCCAUUCCAUUUGUUUACAGUCUCGUCUUCUGAUAGUGCGGCUAAACUAAAACGAUUCCUCUCGAAAUAACCAGUUUCUUUUAGAAUAUGGAAAUUUCCCUUAGACGUUACAAAAAAGCUAUACUUUAAAUUUGGCCGUGACCUUGACAUACAGUGGACUUGCUAGCUCACACCACCCGGAAAUCGACCGAAACAUAUUCGCAAACAUUUCCAUUUAUUAAUAAGCGAUUUUAAGCAAAAUGUGGACACAAAAAGGAAAUUAAUAUAACGUUUUUUGUGAGAAGUGCGUUUUUAGAAAAGCAGAGAUGGCGAAAAUGUCCAAAGAGUAAACUCGAGUUUUAUUAACAAAUCAGGCCUGUCCAUACAACUGAUUGAGUAAAUAAAACCGCACAAGUAGAAUAUAAAUAAAAAAUUAGUUUACAAUCAACCAUCGCAGUCAGCCAACAACCAACAUUUUCAACAAAGAUUCGAAAACGGUUUCACGAGAAUUAGCUACACGUUUUUGCGUUUUCACAUUAUUACGGUUGCGCUUAACUAAAGAUAGGAAGAUUCUACAUGAUUUUGCCGACAGACGUUACAAAAAUAAAAGCCUUCCGACAAAGACAAGGGAGACUGGAAUGGCCGUUUCUGGCUUCUUAGCCGUCGUCAGCCAGUCAUACCCAACCCCGAAGUGUGGAACACCCGAGGCUCGAACUCGCGGCCUGUUGGUUAGAAGUCCAACGCCGUAAAACGGUCGGUGAGCGCCCCUCUACCAUUGUAUAUUCCCGAUCGCAACCGACAAGACAACGGGCCUGUGGCUCAGCGGUUAGAGACGUUGGAUUUCUAACUUACAGGUCGCGGGAUCGAGCCUCAGGUGUUCCACACCUCGGGAUUGGGAGUGACUGGCUGAAGACGGCUAAUAAGCCUGAAAUGGCCAUUCCGGUCUCACUUGUCUUUGUCGGUAAUAACAUUCUGCCUAUAUCCUGAGCCGUUGUGCGGCUGGUGGUUGGGCUCGAGAGAGAGAGCCCGUAAGGCACAGCGGAACGAGUGAGUUCCGUAAAAACGAUUGGCGAGCGUCCGUCUACCAUUAUAAAAGCUUUCAUAAGAUCACAUGUUGGGGGGCCGGCCAGUGAAUAGUAAAUUCGAGUAGAAUUAGCGCACGCAAUCAUAAUGUUACAAUAUUUUGUGCAGCAAGGGGAUUUUUCUUCCGGAAAAUUGCCGUUAUGUUCUUAGUCACGAUGGAUUCCGCUGAGCUUCAGAGCACCCUUGAGAUAUCGAUGAAGGCCUUGCGAACUUUCAGUGUCCCAAGUCGACUGCCCUAAAAAAUAGGUUCUGUGCCAUGGGCCUAUCAAACCUAGCAACGCCAGACAAUCCUGUUGCAGCCUGAACGACAGUUUUCAAGAAAUUGUUAAAUCGACAGGGCAGGUCUAGAAGAAAUGUCUGUUUAAGCUAAUUAACCUGAUGCGUUUAAAACAGCAUUUUAUUUUACGCAGAUAAAUCCAGAAACCGGUCGGAUCUUAUUUCGCAGCCGUACUUGCAGAAGACGCGCCACAGCCUAGCCCUAACCCCAACCCGUAACCUCUAAUCCAAACCCCUAACAGGUACGGCCACAAAAAAAGAUCUUGCCCAAAAACCGUUUGGCCUAUUCACACAAAGCGAAAACAAGGAGGACAACUUUGUACACCGAAAAUCCUACUAGAAAUUCAAUUCUUUAACAAUUAGAAAAACUGAAACUUUGUCAGGGUGGUUUAAACGAACAGAGCUCGGGACGCAUCUCAUGCUCCAAUUUUUGUUACCUUUCUGGGCUUUCUUGUAGAACAUGGGGUGCUUAAAUGCAGGGGACUUAGAACCUUUCUCAAAUGCACUUGUAGACAUAUCUGAUGGGCUUUUAUUUCCGGUGGUUUCAGGCAUCUAUCUGCAACAGCGAGGCUGUCAGGGAGGAACUGAUGGAUCCGGACCUAAUGGACAGCGUGUCAGUGCGCGAACAGCAAAUUUCCACGGCAUCGUUGAAAACGCAGUUUGAGAAGAUCAAGGAACUCGUGAAAAAGGAGCCAACGGAGGUUUGAUCUUGGCUUUAGAAAAAUUUCAGUCUUAACUUUAUAAAUGAACAGCAAAUUGUUAGGGAAACCUGUAGUUAAAGUUUCCUCCAGGCGGCUCUACGUUCAGAACGGUUCGGUAAUGUUCGCAUUUACCAGGAUAUAAAUAUUGUGUCGAUUUCAUGAUGCACAGCUCGUCUACAGAAACUCAAACGUAAUUACACGACCUCUGGCAGUGUUGCAGUGAUCAAAUGUAGCAUUACAGUAGUGUCUGAGGGUAUGGAAAAAACCAGGGCGAAAUUGAUCUUUGUUCAACCAGAAUUAGGACUCCCUAUCAGGCUUAAGCUUUCCAAGUCCUUUGAAAUUACUGUGGGGUCUUCGCACCUGCCAAGACUGCAAUACGACUAGUAUUAAACUUUUACUCCAUUACUAGCCAUGAGUACAAGCCUCUGUCUCACCAACUCCCUGCGUUUUCCUCGUGCUUCUGCAAGGGGGUUGAAUCACCAACAGUGCUGAAGCCUUCACUAGGUGGCUUUCAGAAGCAUCUCCUCCGUUGUCAAACAUGCUUUCACCAACUCGACAGCAAUUACUGAGCAAGCAUGAUGUAAAAGAUGGGCAGUUCGACUUCGUCAAUCAUUUCCUGCACACCAAUCGACAGUGGUCUAGGCUACACCUUUUCGGUGAAGAGCAGGGUUGUAAAAAUAGUGUAUAAGGUCGACGUGUCGUAAGUCCGCAUCACUUUUAGCAAACUCACGCGCCAAUCACGGGCCCCAUUGCCUUCAACAGCCAAUCUAUCGCGCGUCAUCACUAAACUACAAAAAAUGAGCAUCAGGGCCCGCCUCCAGUCGUCUUAAAUCCGUCCUGCCGUUGCGACCAGGUGCUUGUGACAGGAGAGAGUGUGGAAGACGCUGCGCAAGUCGCCGUUACGGGUCCACCAUGCUGUGGGGCACACGGCGAGCAUUGUUCAAUGCGGGGAUCGAACCGUAGUACAAAAAAGAACUGUGAAUCCUGGGUACGCGGGGUUGCGACGUAACUAAGGCCCCUGUCCUUGCAGUCUGCGUCUGAAUUGACUAAAACUAUCUAGUCUGCCUUUAAAUCAAGAAAUACUUAAAAAGGUAACCACAAUACCGAUGACCCCGAAGCGCAAUAUCGAGUUAAUUCACACACCACGGAACGCUGGCUGUACAGUGAGUAUAUUUCCUUCCACCUUCAACGAUCGCACUCGGAAGUAGGAGCUCAUAAGUAGGGCUUAUUUCUUUAUCAGUUUUCAAGGAACGUGUAAGGUGAAUUAUCUUCCUUUGAGUUUAAAUAUUACAGAUAUUUUGCAAUAGAUAAUGCUCUCUUUGAGCAUUGUACUGAGAAGAAUAAACAAAUUAUUCGAAGACUUCUGGAGAACCAAGGGUUAACAAAUGUAUGGUACGAAAUUUAUGGAUGAGCUAAGCCGAGCGAUAGUGAACAUCAACCAUCCGGAGGCAUCUUAUGACUGGUAGGAGUAAUUUUUUUUGAAAACGUCCAAGACAACUCGUAUAUUUUGAAACAAAACCUUUGUUUUAAAGUGGGUUUGGUGGAUUAUAAGCACUGUAUUCUAUGCAGGUCCUCUAGGUCAAGUUGAGAUACCUUCACGUCUCCAUAAAACGGUUUAUUUGUAUCCACCAUUUAUUGCACCAAUUUGUGGGCUUCUUCAGCAAAAUUAGCCAACUAGGAGACGACAAGCCAACCUGUUCAUUUCGCCAGUGUCUGAAAAUUGUUCACUAAAACAAACUAAUUGAAAAAUGAUGCGACCUUUCCGUAAAGUACAAACGGCGAACGAGACGUCGUCCGCUAUCACAGUAGAUGUUCAUGAAACGUUUUUUCUUGUACUCGGUUUGUAGUUGCUGACGUCCUCUUAAAAUUUCUACCGAAAAAAGGCAGUUUUGGUUUAAAAAGUUUUCCAGUCAGUGAGCAGUUUUAAGCUCUAUCGGUCGCUGCAGUACGUUUAGGAUUUUCAAACUAUAAGAUGUUCAUUUUUCUUUUAAAAUUAUAAUGAAUUCUUCUACGUCACUAAGAAGAUAUAGCCUUAUGACUUACAAGAUUUUGCAAUUUGUAUGGGCUAUGUUACACAAUUUGACUGAUGUGAUGCUGUGUGAAUGGACAUUUCGGGCCUUGAAAACUCUUAUUAUUACAAACUCCUUUAAGUCGAAAUGCACUGCAUCUUCGAGGAGGGAAGCUGCAGAAGAUGAAAUUAUCCACAAGACUAGUACAAGAAAGGAUUAGUUUUUGCGCGUUCACUAAAAAUACGCUUCAAGUAAUGAAUGCGCCGAAAAUCAAGGGACAACACCGUACUACUUAAGAAGUCAUUUUCAACGACUGCGGUUUUGCAGGCGAUCGAAAAACGCGCAUUCAAAGUUUGCAUCCUGAUGCAACACAAAUAUCGCUGAAUGGUGUUGCAUGAUAAUCAAUACUGCAACUCUUUUGAGCCGAUGCCACAUUUCGGAGUUUUGGUCAGCAUUUUAUGAAACACCUAUACUACUGUCACGAGCAAGGAUCGAUUAUGUUGUCCUGGUCCCAAGUGUAAGUGCAAUGUGGCCAUUGCAAGUGAGGUAAGCCGAAGGGUAUGCUGAAAUCGUUAGAAGGGAAAGUAGCCGAGGCUGAAACGGAAAAGGCUACCUGAUGUAUGACUAAUAUGCCGCGCGAUUUAAGGAAGCCUGGAAUCCCCACAAAAUACCUGGCUGAGAGGACACGCGAGGCAGCAAUACUGCAAACCUAACGGUAAACCUAACCGUAACCUCAAAAGUAAACCCAAUCCUUAACGUAAUUAUAAACCUAACGACAACACUAAACUUAAAACUAACCCUAACCCUAAACCCAUCACAAACCCUAGACCUAACCCUGACCCAAAUCCUAACCCUCGCCUUAAUCCCAACCCUAAUCCUAACCUUAACCAUAACCCUAACUUUACCCGUGACCCUAUCCUAACCCCAAAACUAACCCUAACCCCAACCUUAACACGAAACGCAAACCCAAACCGCAAUCCAAACCUUAACUCUGGCCUGAAUCCUUAGCGUAAAUAUAAACUUAAAUCUAACCUUUAGCCUAACACCAAACCUAACCCUAAACCUACCAUCAACCCUAGCCCUAACCCCAAGCUUAUCUCUAACCCUGAACCAAAACCUAACACUAACCUUAACCACAACCCUAGCUCAACCUUAACCGCAACCCUAAACGUAACCCGACUCCAACUGUAACACCAACCCUUACCCCAAGAACUAGCAUUAAACGUAAACCUAGACCGCAAUCCAAACCCUAACUCCAACCGCAGUUCUUAAACUUAACACAAACCCCAACCCUAAACCGAAUUCUCGGCCUGAACCUAACCCUAAAACUAACCCUUAUUCUAAACCGAAGCAUAAGAUUACACUUUCGCGUUUUAGCUUUAGCUACUUUCACACUAACGAUUUCAGCAUCCUUCGUCGGCUUACUUUACUCGCAAUGCCCGCCUUGCGCUCACAUUUGGGACAAAGACAGCGUAACCGACCCCUACCCAGUUACGUAAGUACACGAAGAUGGCGGUAUAUAGUAAAAAGCGAAGAUUGGGGGUGGAAUAGGUAAGCCCAGGUUCACACUGUGCCACUUUCAACAAUCUUCUUUAUAUCAGGAACAACCCAAGGUUCCACCGCCUGAGUCAGGAGAUGAAUCAGAGGAGGCAGUACCGGAGGCAGAACGACCCUUCCUCAUACGGCGGAUCGAAGGCUGGCAGUACAUCAACCGGAUACCGGGAGAGCGUUUUCUCUACGGCGAGAUAGAAAUUGGACUGAUGUACUCCCCAGAGCGGAUGAAGUUAACCAUAGAGGUAGGUUGCAAUGACGAUGCAUUUUACUAGGCAGGCAGGCAUACAUGCAUACGAUUACGUUCCUUCCUGCUUAGGCUCGUAGAAUCCAACAGAGGUUCUGCUGCAGACGUAUUUGUAGAGCACUUGAUGGCUGUCUCAAUUCAGUUUUCAGCUGUGGGUAUGACAUGAUAAACAAAUGGAUAAACCGUCCGAUGUUUGGGUUGAAGAGGUGCUGUUCCAUAUGAAGUUACCUAUUUGGUCAGAACGCACCUAUCAGCGGGUCGAACGUUUCUCUAUUUCUGAGUCUAUUCCACACUGUUCCCUUUCAGUGGGAUUUUGUUAGCCAGUUACCCUGAAGGGGUCAGUUCAGUCUGGUUGUGAAGGCAGAUUCCCCCCGAAGGAAAGACAAAAAACUGACAGAUCCGCGUAUCUUUUUCCAUCAUGAACUAUCGCUCGAAGUCCCUGAAUAUGUUUCCUAUCACUUGCUGUCCUUUCAUGGGGUUUCAGGGUUAUAUAGCGUGAACCAGCAACGAUUCACACUAAUACUCGAUGUCCAGUCUUUCUAACGACAAAGUGAGAAGGCACUAUAUGUUUACUGUUAUACUUUUUCUGGAAAUGUUCCUAAAAUGCUCAGUUCUUGUGGCCGUUUUGUAAGAAUCCGCAUAUUCUUGACGUUAGCACUUAAAAGCAUAGAGCACUGAGGUAAUUAGAGGGCUCUGUAAUCUGCUGAAUUUUGAAAUACGUCUGCGUUUUUAAAUUACCUUGCACGCGUGAUUCCUGGUGGGCAGUUCGAAUUUUCUUCUCCAUAUUCCAAGAAGAAGGAUCUCCUGACAUUCAAAUGACACGUUCAGUAAGGAAUUUUCCUAGUACUACAAAUAUUUAACCACAUACAUACUCGGAAAGCUGGCAUAUUUAAUCUCUAAACUACAACUGGUUGAUCGACAACUAUUCCAGUCCCAGGGAUUCCCAGAAAAGUGCUUCACCGCAGUCCCAAAACAGAGGUUGGAUAAAUAUUAAAUCUCGUAAACCCACCAUUAGAGCCAACGUCUAUACGUCUGUGAAUAGGGUCAGCCUUGGGUGAGGUUUGGUCCUGCAGCCCCACUUGAAUAAUAUCAUAUGGUUAGCUUUCUAAAAAAAUUCUGGUAGAUGCGAAUACGCCGACUUUACAAACAUCACGUAUUUGCAUCUUCCUUACCAUGUCAAUCUAGCGACUGACUGUGCCACGGGAGGAGUAGUGCUAAUACGCCAGCCUCGGCAACUACAGUUAUCAGUUCACACACGCUUCCCUCCGCGUCGUUCGAGCCCCGCUUGCGUUCUCUUCAAGAUCCUAAUCCAACAAGCGGCCAAGUAGACUUUUUGAUGGAAUUGUUUCGACGGUGUGGAAUUCCGUCGGUUCCACUACAGUGGCCAUGCACUGCGAAUUACCAGGCGGUACCGUCAGCGGCCUCCCAAUUGUGAUUGCGUCCCCCCAUAUCUUUUUAAUCCAGCGGGUGGCUGUGUCGUGGAGGGGGGAGUGUGUACACGCCACCUCCACUCGCUUCCCUGCGCACGCUUCGAGCUCUGCUUGCACUCUCUUCCCCCCUCCUAAUCCAGCGAGUGGCUAAGUUAGGUACGGUAAGCAAAACUGUUUUAGUAAACCCCAACCAUGCGGUAUCAGUCAAGUAAGGCUGCAGAACCAAACCUCGCCCAGCCAUGCUUUCCGACUCGAGGCGUAAACUUCUGAACUCGCGACCAGCCCUCUCUCUAUCACAAGCCCCACCUCAAUAAGUAAAUAAAUAAUUUUUAUUAAAGACCAGUCGGAGUCCCAUCAAAGUUGCAGAGUUGGGGUGCGAAACAAAGAUAAGGACUAGCAUGGCAUGGAGUUUGAGGACCACUGUGGUCUUUCUUGCCUUAGUGAUUGCGAUUACUUUUGUAACUUAUACUGCCAGUGGAAAAUCUACGACUAGAUUUACCCAUAGUCAACGACUGAGACUCGCAUUGGAGUAGGAAGAUCAAAAUAAACCUCCAAACGCCAUUUCCCACACCAAAGGACUAAUAACCGGUUAUGGCGGUUAGUUUUUCGGCUGUAUACUGGCCGGAUCAGCCCUGCCACUUUGGCCGGUCAAAUCUAAGGAAAAAUACCGAUUUUCCAUAAAGUUUCCAAUGAGGGGAAGCAAGAAAAGCUGUCUAUAUGCACUUUUGUCUUAAGAAAUUCAUAAUAGAUUGCCAACGCGCCAAGUACGCAGAUUAACUCGAGAUCAGUCUCCAGUGGAGCAGACAGCAACUCCACUCAGGUAAGUUUUUACAUUUGGCAGUACAUUUAGCGAUUUCAUUUCAGGACUGAAUAUUUUGGAUGCAUUGUGUGCCUCUACAUAUGAACACCUUUCGAUGGACAAAAACCGGUCAUUUCUUCAUCGCAUUGGAAGGAAAUUAGUCAAUAGACAACUGCGCGAAAUAAGUCUUCUGGCAGUGUCGGUCUGGUUCCAUUGCUCUUUAUCAUAAGACGUGUUCCAAAACACGUUCCCCGUGAUAAGAUCCUUCUUUGGUCCUUGAAAAACACGACAUGCACCUUCAAUUACUUUUAAAAAAUACAGUAGGUGGGCUAACUCAUGAAAUUUCAACCGAAAUUCCGAAAUGCGUUUUCGUUUCGAAAAGAUUCAUUAAGUCGGAUUGUAAAACCAAUCAUCGUGCAACAUAAUUCUAUAACAAUUCAGUUACCUCAGGGUGCCGGCUUUCGAAAGAACUUCCUUCCGGCUGCAUGCAAAAACCAUACUCUGUAAAAAAUAACUACAUAAGUAGCAUGUAUUCUUCUCAUUGAUUUUCGAUGCCCCUAAAUGGCCAAUUAUAUUUCAUGGAAAACAUAAGUAAAAAUAUUCAUUUUUUGCUCAUUCGGUAUAAAAUUACGUCUUCUUCCAAGUUAAUACUUGAAGAAUGGGUAAUAUUCGGUUUUCAAAAGUUUCUAAUUGUGAGACUUUUUAAUACCGUGAAAUGGCCGUUCAUAAAACGUCAUGUCUCUGCAUUUACCAAUGUGGCUAGUAAAGUUAACGGUAUGGAUCGAAUCCAAUGCUAAAUUUUAUGAACUCCUUAUGGCCUCCUCUUAAUAUCGUAGAAAAACAUAUGGUUUUCCGUAUACGGAAAAUAUACGGCUUGUUGAUCGGAAAACCUGAAUGCAAGUGUAACGGCAGGUCGGGUUCAAAAUUAUUUGGGAAUUGGAAAAGUUUCUGAAGACCGAAUAUUACCUUUCCUUCGAGUAUAAAAUUGAAAAAAGACGUACUUUUCUACCGAAUAAGCGAAAGAAUGAAUAUUUUUAUUCAUGUUUUCCAUGAAAUAUAAUUGGCCAUUUAGGGGCAUCGAAAAUCAACGAGAAGAAUACAUGCUACUUAUGUAGUUAUUUUUUACAGAGUAUGGUUUUUGCAUGCAGCCGGAAGGAAUUUCUUUCGAAAGUCGGCAUACUGAGGUAACUGAACUAUUAUAGAAUUAUUUUGCAUGCUGAUUGAUUUUACAACCCUACUUAAUUAAUCUUUUCGAAACAAAAACACAUUUCGGAAUUCCGGUUGACAUUUCAUGAGUUAGUCCAUCUACCGUAUGCCAACACAGAGUUCAUCCAUCCUACGUAUUUUCCUCUUUUAGAUUUGCAAGGGUAUUGACAUUGCCAAUGAACAGGGCGAAACCCUGACCAUCUGGGGUGUACUUCUAAAGAAGAGACGGAUCUACAAGAAGUUCCAGUCAAAUGUCAGUGAUUUAGCCAAUCGGUUCGGUGUUGUUGGGGAAUUCAAAGAGAAGCACGGCAAGGCACGUUUCACAACGGUACGCCAGGACACACAUAAUCCAGUUUGGGAUGAGAAGUUUGAGUUCGAUCUCCCUCCCAACGAUAUGGCCAGCGUCUAUGUGGACCUUGAGAUUCAUGAACAAAGUAAAAAGCUUUGCACUUUCCGUUUCUGUCGUAACACUGCCUACAGAGCCAGCCGACACUGGAAACUAAUGAUGGAACGACCCAAUACAUUUGUUUUUAUGAACUACAAAAUCCAGUAACUGCGUCCCGUAAACGAAGGUCGGGUUCUCGUUUAUAUGAACAUCAGACUCAUUGAAAAAUAACGACUACUUUAAAAAUCUGGCCCAAUAAAAUGACCUUAUUUUUCUUCUCCUUGUCUUCCUGGUUGGUAUGGGCGGGAGGAAACUUGAACCUGGGGGGGGGGAGAGGGGGAAUAAACUUAUUUUGCGGGUUCUUAUCUCAACCGUUUGUGAUGAGUGAAAUAUGACAUUUACCGAAACACUUUCUUUUAAGAUCUCUACGACAUCCGGAUUUGGCCAACUAGAAAUUUAUAUUACAAUUCUGAAAUAACUCCCAGAAUGAUACCAGCUAACUUCAGCAGUGAUGAAGCCAUGAGUAUGUCAAUGGUAUCAAGUGCGUUGAUAUGAACAGAGACUUAUCAAACGGAAGAAACAGUCGUCUAGGGGAAUCCUAUCUCGUUUCGUGAUAUAUUGGGGCCAGAACCUCCAGUUCACUCUUGCCAAAGUGAAAAGUGGAUGAGAACGACAGCUAGUAAUUAGUUCUUCCUUGACAUUUAUUAUCAACAUAUCUUGCGACUGGGGAUGAUUCUGAUCUUAAAUUGCUCACUGGUGGGUCGAGAUUAAUUCGAGAAGAUUCUCAACCUGCGGUCAUGUUCAUUGGACCACUUAUGCAGGGCAGUUUGCCCUCCGAAAAUACUAUUCAACACUAAAAUUAACCCUAGGAAUAGACCCAAGGACUCUUUUUGCCUCUCUCAGAGUCUGUGCAUCUUUUGGCCUGAGUAUAUUUUUUGACAGUUAGCAGGCUUUUCUGAUUGAUGUCGCGUUUACAUGUGCAACUAAAUCGGAUAAAUUCGAAGGUGCGUAUCCCGGGCAUAGAAAUAUAAGGAGACUGGACGAUCUUUUGGAAAAAAUUCUGUCCGAGUGAUGCGCCACACAAAACAUCUCCGGAAAUGAAUGGCAGGGGAAAAUGUCACUCUUAAAUAAGUCGUAAUUGCUGAUUUCUGAUUGGCAUGGGAAACGAUAACGAGUAGAUCGCUACACUUAGACGGCACACUUUAAUGUGGCGUCAAAGUAUCUUACUUAAAGGAUCAAUGCGCAUGAAUGAGGAGUCGCGAGUCUUUCUUUUAACGCCUUCGAUUGUUCUGUCGAUGGACAAGAGUUAGCAAAUGUUGUCCCCCAAAUAUUUGGGCCGGUAACCUAUAACCGUAUUUAAAUGCAAGUUUAAGAGUGUCAGUUUAGCUUUUUAUAUGUCCCCCUAUAUCAGCACGGUUGGAUAAUUAAGAAUCCACCGCAGUACGAUAAGGGAACCGAAAACCCGACAAUUAGUCCUUCCUUAUCUACACUGCAACCGCACGUCCAGUCACGGCGUGGGCCUAUUCGGUCGCAUGGGCAUACGCGACAACAAUAGCUGAAAUACCGCACAACACUCAUGCUUAUGCUGUUACCAUACAUAUGCAGGCACUGUGUAGACCUUUUCAGACAUCUGCACACAUUAAAGGCGUCUAUCGGAUCGGGCUCUGAUUGUGAAGCCUGCAGACGUCGACACCGACGAGUGAGCUGUCAUGUGUGCGCGUCACGCGCGCGCGCGAAAGUCGAAGGUCUGAUGCCAUGAGCUAGUCAGCGCCUUCACCGGUUAGUCGACUAGGCCCCGACAGGCCAAUGGCACACUUGGGGGGGGAGGGAAGAGAUACAGUGAGUGACCGAUCUCAUGAAAUCUUGGCUGAGAUUCUGAAAUGCGUCCUUGAUUAGGAAGGAUUACCUAGGCGCGGUUAUAAUACUGAUUAUCUUGUGGCAUAAUCUUAUAAUAUUUCGGACUCGGUAGGAUGUCAGCUUUAAAAUACACGCACUCGGUAAAAAAUGACUACUUAAGUGGCACACAUUUUUCCCAUUGAUUUUCGAUGGCCCUGCGAAUUCAAAUAUAUGUUAUAGGAACCAUGAACAAAAAUGUGCUUUCUCCUAGUCGUUUGAUAGAGAAUUACGACUUCUCAAUAUCUUCUACUCGACGAAGGUGUAUAAUUAGGUUUUAAAGAAGUUUCUAAUUAUGAGAUUUUUUGAGACCGUGCGAUUUCCAUCCAUACAGCAUCGUACCUGUCCGUUUAGCGAUGCUCCUCAUGAAAUGUACAACACAAUCCGCAUCCAUUGAAAAAUGUAAUGGACUCUGUAUGAUAUCUUUAUAAAGGCUUAAAAAAAUAUGUUAUUUUUUUACGCGGAACGCAUACACCUUGUAGACUGAAAUCGAUAAGCACUACUGCAACAAAUGAUCAGGCCCCAAAUUAUUUGGCAAUUAGAAAACUAUUUCAAAGCCUAAUUAUACUCCUUACUUUAGUAUAAAAUAUAGAGAAGACGUGAUUCUCUGUUGAUUGACUAGAGGAAAAAAAUAUUUUUUAUGGUUUCUAUAUAAUAUAUUUGAAUUUCCAAGACCAUCGAAAAUCAAUGGGAAAAUUGCUUGCUACUUAAAUAGUCAUUUUGUAUCGAGUGCGGUCUUUACAGGAGAUUAAGAAGAAGUGUAUUUUAAAGAUGACAUCCUGCCGAGUCCGAAAUAGUAUAGGAUUAUGCCGCAAGUUAAUCAUUAUUACAACCGCCCCCAAGUAAUCUCUCUUAAUCGAAAAGGCAUUUCAAAAGUUCAGCCAAGAUUUCAUGAGAUCGGUCACUCACUGUAGUGAAGUCGAUCCCGGCCAGUCCGUCACUUCGGCGCGAAAGAUCGUGACACGGAAAGCUGUAGGCCGACGGGCAACUCGUUUCCCUUGGGCCGAAAGUUAUAUAUAAAUGCUACCAACAGGUGAAAGAAUACCAAUGGGCUCUUCAAUAUCAGGACUACUCGCCGAACUAGUAUUAUACCGACUAGAAGAGGAUGUUUUUCAAACUCUCAAGCCCAAAAUGUAGCUUCGUUAGGUCAAUGACACCUCUAUCGUAGUAAAGAACUGCAAAAUCGAAUGGCAGCAUCAGAGGCUGAAUGAUGUCCUUCCAGCCAUGCAAUUUACCCGUAGGCAGUAGAAGACAGCCUACGUUUUUGGUCGAGAGAAUACAAAGGUUCGUCGAUGGUGGUCUCGCAACAAGCGUCCACAGAAAAAAGAUUCGAUUCUGAGAUUAUCCUCAAUUAUGGGAGCAGUCACCCUGCGACUCAAAAAAGAAGCUACAUCCGAACUCAUUUCCGCCGGAUCUAUCACUAUUGCAGCAAUGACGAUCUCCUGAAGAAAGAUCCAACUUAUCUGUAUUGGUUGUUUUGAUCUAACGGAUAUCCGAUCAGUUUUGUAAAGAACUGCCUCAGGCGUCAGACGCAACGCUGAGGCUUCUCCUCAAAUGGAGAAAUCGUGACGCAGAAAUUCUUUUCACUGCCCGAAGUGUGGAACACCUGGGACUCGAUCUCGCGACCUGUUAGCUAGAAAUUCAACACCCCUAAUCACUGAGCCACGGGCUCAUUGUUCUGUCGUUGCAAUCGGAAAUGUACAGUAGUAGGGGGGUGCUCACCGAUCGUUUUACUUAGCCCACUCAUUUAAAUCCUAAAUCGAGUAGGACUUCGAAAAAAAGCGAAACAUGAAAACUACCAGAGAGAGAGGGGGAGAGAGAGGAAUGCGUUGUAUGGUUACGUCGACUAAGAAGAUCAAAUGAAAACCGGCAGCUGAAGAGAACACUCGUAGGACUCGUUUUUAAGUUAGCAUAAAUUUUUUAAGUAAAGCAGGCAAAAUGACAGGAGAACAACGAAGAAUGAGAGGCAUAUAUGAGGUAAGAUUGCAAACAUUAGUUAAAGAGGGUGUCAAUACGAAACGAAAGUGAAAGAUUUGAUGACAAAGUAACACCAAGGUACCUGAAAGAAGAUAACUCGUUGGGAGGGGUGUCCAAGGAUUCAGAACUAGGAGGGGGGUCACAUUUGGAAAGUACAUUGGACUGAUUUCUGAUUAUUCAGUAGGAGAACAAUCCCCAACGACCAUGAUAAGACGUGGUCGAGGCCAAACUUUAGAGACUGGAGAUGUGUCUGAUUUUUGAGAGGCUGGCCAACAACGACAUCAUCAACAUACUUAACAAACAGGCAAAAGUUUGAGGAUCUCAGAUCAUCAGUGUGUAGGAAGAAGAGGUGAGAAGACAAAAUAUUGCCUUGGAUAACUCUACAAUCAUUGGAAAUGACCGUAGAUUUCCGCUUGCCGGUUUGGACAAACUGAGUGCGGGAAGAAAUGCAAUCGCCGAGCCGAGACAACCUGGCCUGCAGAGAGCCGCACGCGGAUGUUUUGGUAAGGAGUGGAGAACGCGGAACAGUAUUAAAGGCGGAGGAGUAGUCGAGAAAAGCUCAUGCGUACGCACGGCAACAUUUAUCUAGAUUUCUCAAUACUGACUGGACCACAAGAGUAACAGCCUCUAGGGCGCUACACUUGGCCUAAUAUGCAACUUGUAAAGGAUCGGAAAAAUUGGAAGCGGAUGGCUUUAUAAUAUCCAAGACAAUUCGUUUAGCAAGCUUCAGAAUUGCGGAAGAGCUAGCAAGUGGACGAAAAGAUUUCGGAGCAAACUAGUGGAUAUUUUAGGGAGAGAAGCGAUUCGUACUGUGCGCCCAACGUCAGGAAUCUUGGGCUCCGAGAAGGACAUGUUAAGAAGGUGUGUCAAGACAGAGGCCGCCUGAGAACAGCAGGAUUUAAGGAUAAAAGGCGAGACGCUACCCGGCCCGUCAGUUGCUGGCCCAUGGACCAUUCUAAGGUGUUCAUCUUUUGUUGCCACAUAUACAGGUGAGUACGCACAAGGUAUUAGAGAAGUGUCGUUUGAAGGAAGGCACAAAUAGUCAUGAGAAAUGGUAAAAAACUCGCCUCAAGAGUCUAAAUCAGCAUUAACAAGUGUUAGUUUGAUGAAAUGGCUAACGAGGGGCAUAUGAAUCCUCCAAAUUUUGCCAUAUCAUGCUGGUCACGGUAAAUUAUUAAAAUCCUGGCCGCAUCACCUCGUUCAAACACGCUGCACAGGAGAAGGGAAGAGAAACUCAGGUCGAGCCAGUUCCUGAGUGCGACACUGCACACAAAUAAAGUAUCCCGAGAUGCUAACAAUCAGAUUUUUUUCAGGAAGCUCGCCAAAUGACGGAACAACUCCGUCCUACCCAGAAAUGACAGCCAGACUCAAAUGACUCCAACUCAAUGCCGCACUCAUGCCGGUCCCAUUCACGCCAGACCCGAGUCAGCCUUCCAAAAUCAAACGCAGUGCGUUUGCAAUUACUGACCAGGUCGCGUUUGGCAGGCAUUGACUGAUAGUUUAGUUUUGUCGGACACUGCAUUCCCGCAGACCUCCAAUCGUCUUGGCAUUGUCUGGUCGCCGGAAAGCCCUGGGUUUGGAAACAUUCAGUGCGAAGUAGACGCAGUACAACCUCCCUUCACCACUACCAGAUGCACGCGUAGGUCAAACUGUGUCCAACUCGCGCCGCGAGGUCGGACCCCCCACUCCCCGCCCGCGACAAUUGCUUGUCCACAUCAGCCAAUAAACGUCCAGAUAUGAAACUUUGUCCUCGACAGCCUCAACAGGGAGUUCUGCUUCCGAACAUAACAGGCAGGGACACUAAAACCGCCUGUGCUAGGUACACUCUCCAAAAUACCUGCAUCCUACCGAUAACACUUAACUGGAACUCCUUAAAUUUCUACAUGAUGAGCCCUAGAUUGGGUUUCAAAGUGAAGCGUGACGCUCAUUGUGCGAGAUACACUCAUAAAUAUAGUAUGCAUCAGUGAUCAUAAUAAAUAAACUGAUUUUCAGGCUUUUUCUCCAAAAGUAAAGGCAUUUGGUAAUUAGGAGGGGAAAACAGAAAUACGCGCAAUACCACAUCACGCGGGUUAGUAUGACAGUGACAUGGAGAAGUUUCACAGGCACCAUCUACAUAUGCAUUCUUUACUCCCUCAUUUUACAUGAUAAUUUGCAGUUUUUAUUUUGAUUAGAUAUGCCUUGCGAAGAUUUCAUCUGCUCUUCCCGUUUCGUAGGAACUUUGACCAGCUUAAAACUUCGUGUUCCAGAGACUCCCAUAUUUGUGCAUUUUAGCAGUGAUAACACGCAUCGAGAGUUCGACAACAUCUGACCCUCUGCUGACAAUGUUCGUUCACUACAAGGCAGACACACGGGCUGUACUCCUGUCACGCAGACCGGACAUGUAACCUUCAGACGGCUGCAGUCGCGACAAGUCUGCGAAUCGGACACUCCGUCCCGUGACACCGACACGCCGCUCCUAUGGCCGGUCACUUCAAGGUCACCUGAUAAACCCAAACUUCGUGCUUCCGCCUUGACUACAAAUAGCAGUCUUAGCGGUUGUCUUCCACUAUUACUCUCAGUCCGUCCGCGCUGGCACGGACGGAGAAUCCAGUCACACAUCAAGGGAUAGUGGGCCCAGCAAACUGGCUAUCAAAUCAGUAGCAAUUUCACGUUAGUCAAAUGAUUUCAACCCGUGUGUAAAACCGCGACGUCACGCAUCUGCUGGAUUGCAGAUGAUGCAGAGAUUUUGGUGGGUAUACAGCAAGCCAUGUGUAGACAGCAUCGAGCGCCUGGUGUAGCCAGUGGUCGCAAAUCAGGACUUGUUUCAACUUGCCUUUCAUAUGGUCUCCAGUUCAGACCCACCGUCGAGGAUAGCCCUCCGCUCAUUGAGUGUGAGGCUGAACCACGUCUGUCAGCCUAUUUAACUAAGCGUGUUUGAAAUGUGUUAAUGUUUGAGUUCGGGCCGGAAUACUUACUCGGAAGGCUGUUUUUUGGGUCAACAGAGUUGGCGUAUUCAAGGAGGUGUUUGGUGUUAGCAGAACGGGAGAUUUUGUUUGCCGAAUUUAAGAGUCAAGCGAUUUAGUUGCCAACUAAUUUGAGUUCGUGCAUUGUACUUGCAUCCACAGGUGCAUGUCAAUUUGUAAACACAAACCAAGGCGGUGCGCAAUGGCAAGAGGACCGUUGAUGGAUCAAAAUGUACCUUCGAUUCAGAGUUGCUCUUUACUAGUGUAACAAGACCAUUCGCAGAUGCACCUACCCUCUCAAGGCGGCAAGUAGCUCAGGGUGACAUGAGAGGGAACUGACGACGGCAGGGUUGAUGGACGUCCUGCUAGCACUAAACACCUCCUCGAAUACGCCAACUCUGUUGACCCAAAAAACAGCCUUCCGAGUAAGUAUUGGGGCGCGGACUCGAACGUUAGCACAUCAAACACGCUUAGUUAAAUAGACUGACAGACGUGGUUCAGCCUCACACUCAAUGAGCGGAGGGUCAUCCUCGACGGCGGGUCUGAGCUGGAGAUCAGAUGAAAGGCAAGUUGAAACAAGUUCUGAUUUGCGACCACUGGCUACAUCAAGUGCUCGAUGCUGUCUACACAUGACUUGCUGUAUACCCACCAAAAUCUCUGCAUCAUCUGCAAUCCAGCAGAUGCGUGACGUCGCGGUUUUACACACGGGUUGAAAUCACUUGACUAACGUGAAAUUGCUACUGAUUUGAUAGCCAGUUUGCUGCGCGCACUAUCCAGUGAUGUGUGACUGGAUUCUCCGUCCGUACCAGCGCGGACGGGCUGAGAGUAAUAGUGGAAGACAACCGCCAGGACUGCUAUUUGUAGUCAAGGCGGAAACACGAAGUUCGGGUUUUUCAAGUGACCUUGAAGUGACCGGCCAUAGGAGCGGCGUGUCGGUGUCACGGGAUCGAGUGUCCGAUUCGCAGACUUGUCGCGACUGCAGCCGUCUGAAGGUUGCAUGUCCGGUCUGCGUGACAGGAGUACAGCCCAUGUUUCUGCCUUGUACUGAACGAACAUUGUCAGCAGAGGGUCAGAUGUUGUCGAACUCUCGAUGCGUGUUAUCACUGCUAAAAUGCACAAAUAUGGGAGUCUCUGGAACACGAAGUUUUAACCUGGUCAAAGUACCUACGAAAAGGAAAGAGCAGAUGAAAUCUUCGGCAAUCAUAUCUAAUCAAAAUUAAAACUGCGAAUUAUCAUAUAAAAUGAGGGAGUAAAGAGUGCCUGAGAAGCUUCUUCUUGGAAGGUAGCCAUGUCACUGUCAUACUAACCUGCGUGAUGUGGUGUCGCGCGUAUUUCUGUUUUUCGGCCCUGAUUACCAAAUACCUUUACUUUUGGAGAAAAAGGCUGGACAUCAGUUCAUCUAUUAUGAUCGCUGAUGCAUACUAUAUCGAUAAGCGUAUUUCGCACAAUGAGCGUCACGCUUCACUCUGAAACCCAAUCUAGGGCUCAUCAUGUAGAAAUUUAAGGAGUUCCAGUUAAGUGCUAUCGGUAGGAUGCAUGUACUUUGGAGCGUUUACCUAGUACAGACGGUGGUAGUGUCCCUGCUUGUUAUGUUCGGAAGCAGAACUCCCUGUUGAGGCUUUCGAGGACAAAGUUACCUUUCUGAACGUUUAUUGGCCGAUGUGGGUGAUCGAUUGUCGCGGGCGGGGAGGUCCGACCUCGCGGCGCGGGUGGGACACAGUGUGACUUACGCGUCCAUCUAUUAGUUGUGAAUGGAGGUUGUACAGCAUCUACUUCGCACUGAAUGUUUCCAAACCCAUGGCUUACCGGUGGCCAGACAAUGCCAAGGCGAUUGGAGUUCUGCGUGAAUACAGUGUCCGACAAAACUAAAAUAUUCAUCUAUGCCCGCCAAACGCCACCUGGUCAGUAACUCCAAAGGCACUGGGUUUGAUUUUGGAAGGCUGACUCGGGUCUGGCGUGAAUUAAACCGGCAUGAGUGCGGCAUUGAGAAGGAGUCAUUUGUGUCCGGCUCUCAUUUCUGGGUAGGACGGAGUUGUUCCGUCAUUUGGCGAGCUUCCUGAAAAACCUUGAUUGUUAACAACUCGGGAUAAUUUAAAGCUAACAAUCGACGUGUUCGGGGCUCACAGAAUCGGGAGUUGCCAGCGAAGGCUACCGUGUGAAGAAGUUCUUGCUGUCUGGCCACCGUUAAAAUAGAGGACCGAAUCAUUCCGUCAGAGAGAGGGAGGGGAAUUCGCUUUAUUUUGAAAUUAUAAAUUCAAAAUUUUCAGCAAAUGUUGGCUUCAUUCACUAUAGGCAGCAAAUAAAUUAAUAGAUAAUUCCAGACUCAAAAAAGUUUAACACAAAAGUAACGAUUAUUAUGAGGACAGUUCAAGUCUUAGCUUCUGUAUUUCUAUCCUUCCACGCGUAAGAUAGCGCGCCAGGAAUGGCAAUACAGAAGCUCUAAAAGCCGAUUUGUGACAAGAUAUGAGUCGGAAGCCGCGUCUUAUCGGGCGGGAAUAAGAUAAGUAUGCAAGGAAUGGGCAACGUCAUCUAUAAUCCGACCGGCAAAUUGCUUGACCGUAUUUAAAUUUCGUUGUAGGAUAAUACCGACUAAGAAACGAUAAGAAACACCAGAGGUAGAACAAAGCAUUCGGAGGACUCGUUUCAAAAUUAAAAGAUAUUUUUUGAGCAAAGCUGGAAAAAUGACAGGAGAGCAGUAUAUGAUAAGAGGAAGAAUGCAGUCAUCGAUGAAUCGCCAGACUAAGGGUUGAGGUAUGUGGUAGGAACGUACACGACAAAUGUAAUAAAGAAGUCCACGAACUUAAGUAAAUAGGGACUCAAUAUGGAGGGAAAAUGAGAGAUUUGAUGACAACUUAACGCCAAGAUACCUGAAAGAGGAUACCUCGUUAGGAAGAAUGUCAGAGGAUUCAGGACUAGGAGAGGGCCGCAGUCGGAAAAUACACUGAACUGAUUUUUGGUUGUUCAUUAGGAGACCACUUUCCUCCGACCAUACUAGGACAUGGUUUACGCCAUCUUUUAGAGACUGGAAGUGUGUCUGAGUCCUGAGAGGAUGUCCAACAACCACAUCAUCAGCAUACUUGACCAAAAGACAGUCAUAAGGAGACCUUAGAUCGUCAGUGUGGAGGGAGAAAAGGUGAGGGGACAGAAUGGAACCUUGAAGAACUCCGCAUUCAUUGGGAAGGACCAAAGAUUUCCGUUUGCUAGAUUGGACAAAUUGAGUGCAGGAAGUAAAAUAAUCGCUAAGCCAAGAGACGACCCAGCCUGGAGAGGCACACGCGGAGGUUUUGGAAAGGAGAAGAGGGCGCGGGACGGUAUUGAAGGCGGAGGAGUAAUCAAGAAAGGUGCAUGCGUACUCGCGACAACUCUUGUCUAACUCCUUUAGAUCAUAAAGGGCCAGAAGUGCAACAGCAUCUAAAGUACUGCGUUUGGCUUUGUAUGCAAAUUGUAAAGGGUCGGAAAAACUGCAAGAAAAGGGCUUUAUAAUAUCUAGGGCAACUCUUUCAGCAAGCGUUAGUAGUGUGGAGUAGCGGACGAAAAGAUUUAUGACCAAAAUUAGCGGUUUUUUUAGGGAUGGGAGUGAUUCUCACUGUACGUCAGAUGUCCACCAGUGCGUCAAAUGUAUUUUUGUUUGAAUUGUGCUGAUUUCCCUGAGGGAUGGCUCCCCUAUUUAAUCUUACGCUCUCUCUUCCAUCCCCGAGUACUUAGGUAUUGUCAGAACCUAGUCAGAUUGGGCGAAGUGUCCGGUGUGGCGUAAAUUCCUCGAUCGUCGCGCGCGCAUAAGCACUCACGAUAGCUGGUCCGCCCGUAACGACACCGGAAGUCUUCGCACGUACAGCUGAUGCAUGACUGACGGAUGGCUUUAUGUGCACACCUUUGAACAGAGAGGUGCACACAAUGACUGCAUCUAUGGGGAAGGUAUGAGCAGGAACGCUGGGUAAUGUUUUACUGACCGUUGUUGUGUACGCACAUGACCAACUUGGUUCAUGUGGUGUCUGAACGUGCGGAUGCAGUGGGGGCAUUUAAGGAGUGAGUGGCAGGUGUUGAUUGGACCUCCAUGCAUUGAUUAUUUGGUCUUGAUGCAACGGACACGCAGCUAUCCAACUAGGCGCAUCUUGCAUUCAAUAUACAAACUAUAUUAUUGUUCAACACAUGAUCACCUAUAUAAGUACAUAUUUUGCUAACUGAAGCGAAAAUGCGGGUCCCGGGGGAUAAAUGAAAAGAAGAGGCGAUUUCGGGAGCAGCAGGUUUUUAACAGCCAGACGGUUCAAAAGCAAAAAAAGCAUCCAUCGUUAGAGGUACGUUCUGUACUGCGCCUCACAGUAUUUAUGGGUGCUGAGCAUGCCGACGUGCUGCCGUGCAGGAUGUGAUGAGGGGGAGGGGCAAGUUAAUCGCUGCCAUGCUGGUCGGUACUUUUCUCCCUCUCCUCGUCGGGCAGCUGUGUUGGGAUGGAAACGGUUACUGACCUCGUCUGCAUAGCCCGCAUUUGUUGUGCCUGACUCGUGUUUCUCGUUAUGUCCCCGUUUGCGUCUGCGCGUCAGGGGGUUCUGAGCCGUUGCUCGUGUCAAGGGCGAGAACUGUGUUCACUUCGGUUUGUGUUCCUGACAUCCUACCUUCGAUUCCGUUGAUUGAGCCGCACUCGUAAGGCCUGUUAAGCCACCAGAAGAAUUGUACAGCAGUUGAUGGGAGUUGGUACGGUGUGUCAGGCUUCGAGCGUUUGCCUGGCUGUCUGCUCGGUACCUCGACCUAGGUUUUCGGCGUUCUGGAAGGCAAAAAAUUGUUCAGAGGUGGCACAGUGUUCCGCCACCGGCGAGAGCUGGUCCAUUCUCCUCACUGCCCUUUCGUGCUCGCUCAUGCGUGUCUGUAGUCGUUUUCCGGUCUCUCCAACGUAGUUUACCUCACAGGAACUGCACAGGACACGGUAGACGACAUUCGCUGUUUCGUCUCGUGACAGAGGGGCCUUGGGUCUCAUGAUGAGAAGUCUUAUUGUCGCCUCAAGUCUGUGGGCAACGCUGAUUCCCAGUGGUUGUGAGAGACGAGCGACUGCUUCGGAUAGGUUCUCGAUAUACGGUAGUGCCCGCCACACUUUUGCAAGUGCAUAUAUAUAUGCACUCGAAAACGGGCAUCCCAAGAAAUUUAAUUGGAAAUAAGUUAGAUUCUUUGGAAACAAAGUAGCCCAGAAGUCUGACGACGAGCUGGAGAACCAUCUCGAAAAUUUACGCAAUGAAGGUUAUUUUGUUUUCAAAUAAUCUUACAUAUUUCCAAAUGUAUAUAUAUUUGUCAUGCUGCCUGAAAUGGAGUACUGAGUGCCUAUGGUGUUGGUGGCUGCAACAAUAAAUGCCACUUCCUAUUCUAAACCUGUGAAGAACACCACGUUCUUUUCGUCAGCCUUUUCUUCUGUCUUCCGGUGCGGUAAAAUGCAACCUGCAUGCAUCCUCCAUUGCGGCACUGACAGCUGCUGAACUACGUUCUGCUUCGGAGGCGAGAUCGACAGGAAGUAUUGGUGACAAAUGCGGCUGGGGCGCCGAAGGCCGGAUCAACCACGGUCUUUUCACCUCAACUAUAAGGCAGCGACUGCCACCACGCAGGAAGCCACCAGGUAAGCGACCACCAGGUAACUUCAAUACUCUUCUGUUGAACCUGCCUGCCCACAACUUCGACUUCAGCAAUCAACUGACCCAGCGACUGGAAGAUUCACAAGUUCCCAAUGAAAAAAGCCUCAGAGGAGACUCGCUGGUGUCAGAUGCGGGACGUUAUCCAUACCAUCGUCCUGGUUAUCCUCGAGCGGAUGCGUCGUCAACACAAGGACUGGCUUGACGACAACCAUGCAGGCAUCAGCAAACUGCUCGCCUUUACAAACAGGCUACAGGAUCCCCAUUGACCACCCGAUCGAUGCGAAUAAAGUGGCUGUUCAGAGAUGUCGCCACCUUGUGCGCAACGUCUGGAUGACUCGUAAUGCCGAAGUUCAGGGAUAUGCCGACCGGGAUAAAACGAAAAACUUCUUCGCUGUGAUCAAGGCGAUUUACGGUUCCCUAACAAAGGGAACCGGGACGCUUUUUGGCCUCAAUGGGUCAACGCUUCUGACUGAGAAGUCGCAGAUUCUGCAGCGCCGGGCCCAGUACUCAACCAUCCCUUCACAAUCUCCGAGGCCAACAUCGGCCGGCUCCCCAAAGCGGAAAUCAACGUCGCCCUGGAUCUCCCGUCUUCCCAGAAACCAUUCACGCCGUGCAACAACUCUCCUACAGGAAAGAACCAGACUCCGUUGCGAUUCCGGCUGAAAUUUACAAGUACGGGGUCACUAUUCCAGGAGAUGUGAGGCUAAGAAUAGGUUCCUCAGGAUUUCAAGGACGCAAUAAUCGGCCAUCAUUACAAGGGAGAAGGAAGCGGUAACUCUGUGAUAACCACAAAGGACUCUCAUAGCUUAACAUCAGCGGGAAGACCUUCGUUCGCCGUCACCUCAACCGGCUCAACGGUCGUCUAGAAUAAGAACUCCUACCGGAAAGCCAGUACAGUUUCCGACGAUAUUGCGGUACCACCGGAUGAUAUUCGUCGCCCGCCAGCUACAGGAGAAACACCGGGCGAUGAAGACCCGCUCUAACACCACCUUUGUCGAUUUGAAGAAAGCAAAAGUUCGGAUGAUCUGAGCAAUCCAGGCAAGACAGGUGAUAGCGCGCGCGCCAUGGACGAGACAGUCUCUGAAGCAUCCUCAAUAGCCAACGGAGUGAAGCAGGGCUACGUGCCCGCUCUCACCCUCUUCAGUCUCGCGUACUCUACCAUGUCGACGAAAGCCUGCAGUGGUGGGCACCCCGGGAUCUCCAUCACCUACAGGACCGAUGGCCAACUUCUCAAUAGCCGGCGAAUACAGGUCCCAACGUGUCUAUUCACGGCUACUGUUUAA